CAGAGGUCUUGAACCGGAGAGCUGAGGUGGACUUCUUCCCUUCAGUCAGUGAGAAAGAAACAGUGCAGUUUGGCAGCUGGACCCAAGAAGCAACACAAAACCCACCAGAAAACCCCCAGAUACCACUGCCAUGAUUCGGAUAGCCGCCUUCCUCGCCCUGCUAGUGGUUGCCUGCUCGGGAGAGAGCUGCACGGACCCAGCGAUCACCCCGUCGGCCUACACCACCUCAGAUGCCGUCAUCUCCUCUGAGUCGGUCUUCAUCGUUGAACUCAGCCUGGCCUGUGCCAAUGGAGCCCAGAGUGUGGUUCUGUAUGCUGAUGUCAACGGAAGACAGUUCCCUGUGACUAGAGGCCAGGAUGUUGGCAAGUACCAGGUUUCUUGGAGCCUUCCUCACAAACAGGCCAGCUCUGGAACAUAUCAGGUGAAAUUCUUCGAUGAGGAGUCCUACAGUUCCCUCCGCAAGGCCCAGAGAAACAACGAAGAUGUAAAUGCCAUUCAGCCUCUCUUCUCCGUCAACAUUGACCACAGGGGUGCGUGGAACGGCCCAUGGGUGGCGACUGAGGUGGUGGCUGCCCUCAUGGGGAUCCUGGUCUACUACCUGGCCUUCACUGCAAAGAGCACCAUCCAGGCAUAAACGAUUCACAAUCACUGGAUCGUUAAAGACUGAAAUCUGGUGGAUCUCAAACAACGAUCCAUCAUCCAUUGUGGUGGCAAGCCGAAAGGACUUUGCCACUUGAUCUGCUUUGAGACGAGGAGCUGGAGCAGCAGUCUUAUUUUAUUUUUUCUAUCCAGACUGUGUCUGUCCGCCAUCGGUCUUAUCAGUUUUUCCGAUGAAUUUCGUCACAAGUUUGUCCUGCCAAUAUGAUGGAAUUUUGUAAUUUUUGUUGAUAAAACCAAACAAUAAACCUGGCCCACAUGACUAAACAAAACAAAUAUUCAUAGUAUACUUCAGGCAGUCUUGCUUAAAAGAUGUUGUUUCGUUUAGACUAGAUAAUGCUUUAUCCUUCUGUGUGGAUGCACUGGCUCGUGGGAGUGGGAUUUGUACGAAAAUGCCGAACAACAAGAACAGAGGUCAAGACCUCAAAACAUAUGAAAUUUCAAUAACGUGGCUGCACUGGCUGGCCUGAGCAAGUAGAGUGUUUUGUCUUUUCCAUCAGAUUGAAUAAAUGACUUGUUUUUCAUUCA